AGGAGUGAAGGCUCAAUCCCUAUACCCGGUCACCCAGUCCUCUCAGUUUUGCCCAUGGAGCGUGUGAAGCGCAUCGCGGCCCAUGUUGACGCCGGCCUGCCUCUCGUGGCCGAGCCCACCUCGGCGCCGUUGCCCGUCAUGGAGAACAUGAAGACGAAGAUUGCGGCCUUAGCAGGGGAGAAGUCGGCCUUCAAGAAUUUCCUACUGAAGUACCACGGGGAGCGCAAGAUCCAGGGCCUCACAGUGGAGAUGGCCAUCAACGGCGCUCGGGCAGUGAAGUCGAUGGUCACAGAGACGUCGGACCUGGAUGCGAACUUGGGCAUCGCCUACCGGCACCUCUCCUUGUACGAUGUCAACAAGGAUCUUCCUAAAGCACCAGGUGGAAAUGUGGCAUUGCCGGAAGGUGCAUUUUGGUUGUUGGUCACAGGUGAGGAGCCCAGUGAGGAGGAAGUGCAUGGACUCACCGAGGAGCUCCACAAGCGCCAUGAGGUGCCGAAGAACGUUUUGGACACGCUCGACACCCUGCCGUUGGACACCCACCCGAUGACACAGCUCAGUGUGGCCAUGUUGGCCUUGCAGAAGGACUCCAAGUUCAAUCAGCAGUAUCAGGAGGGCAUGAAGAAGGAUCAGUACUGGGUCUAUGCGUUGGAGGAUGCCUUGGACAUCAUUGCGAAGAUCCCCACGAUCGCGGCCAAGAUCUACCGUAGAACUUUUCAGGACGGAGUGGUGCCUGCGUAUGACACCAACUUGGACUGGGCAGCCAACUUUGCCCAGAUGCUUGGGGUGAAUCAGGACGCUGGAUUCAAAGAAGCCGUCCGCUUGUAUUUGAUGCUUCAUGCGGAUCAUGAGGGAGGAAACGUCUCAGCACAUGCCACGCAUUUGGUGGGUUCUGCCUUGAGCGAUCCCUACUAUGCCUGGGCCGCAGGGCUUUGUGGUCUUGCAGGCCCCCUGCACGGCUUGGCCAAUCAGGAGUGCUUGUCCUGGCUAUUAGAUGUGCAGAAGCAGCUGGGUGAUCAGAGGCCCACAAAGGAGCUGCUCACGGAGUUUGCUGAAAAGACCUUGAAGGAGGGGAAGGUGAUCCCUGGCUUUGGCCAUGCGGUUUUGAGGAACACCGAUCCACGCUACAUGCUCGAACGAGAGUUUGCGUUGACUCAUUGCACCCACGAUCCCCUGUUCCAGCUGGUGGAUGCUUGCUAUCACGCCAUUCCUCCAGUGCUUUUGAAGCAGGGAAAGGUAAAGAACCCGUACCCCAACGUCGAUGCGCACAGUGGCCAGCUCAUGUAUUUCUACAACCUCAAGGAGCAGAACUUCUACACAGUGAUGUUUGCCGUGUCCCGAACGCUUGGGGUCAUGGCUCAGUACAUUUGGUCCAGGGCCAUUGGGCUUCCCAUCGAGCGACCGAAGAGCGUUCCCCUGGAAGAGUUGAUGAAUUUGGCCAAGAAGCAUCGUUGGCAGAGGGAGAAGGGAAAGGUCUCCGAUCAGCAGUGAGGUGGAUUUCAGGGCUGGGCAAGACUUAGGAUUCUUCGGCCA